UAUCGGAUUACUGUGGGCAGCUUCCCCUAACAUAUUCUUGUCCGUGAUAUGGUAAUUGAACUGACAGGAAAAUGGAAGAAAAAGAUCCAAAUUGCAAUCCAAUUCAGCCGCUCUUAGAAGGUGGUGAAGUUGCAGAGACAUUGUCACCUGUUCCGUCAGACAAUGCUAUACACCAGCCUGGUCCAGAGGAUUUCAAGAAUUUUGAUAUUGUUAGAGCUACUCAGUAUGGAGUAUUUGAGCGGAUACAGGAGCUGGUGGAGAGUGGCUAUGAUGUCAAUCUGAUGGACAAGGAAAAUGUCAGUCUUCUUCACUGGGCAGCUAUCAACAAUCGGGUAGAAAUUGUAAAGUAUUACAUAUCGAAGGGUGCAAUAGUUGAUAGAUUUGGUGGUGACUUGAACUCAACACCUCUACACUGGGCAACAAGGCAGGGGCACUUACCUAUGGUAGUUCUGCUGUUGUCGUAUGGAGCAGACCCAUCACUUAGAGACGGUGAAGGGUGUAGUUGUAUCCAUCUGGCAGCACAGUUUGGUCAUACAUCAAUCGUAGCAUACCUGAUAGCCAAGGGACAAGAUGUAGAUAUGUUAGACAAGAAUGGGAUGACAGCACUCAUGUGGGCCGCGUACAGAGUGUUUGGGUAUGACCCUACACGACUGUUGCUGACAUUUGGUGCGUUAGUGAACAAGUCUGAUAAGUUACAGCAGAAUACACCACUUCACUGGGCAUGUGUUACAGGCAAUAAUGUUGUGGCCAAACUUCUGCUCGACAGAGGGGCUGAUCUUGAUGCAUUAAAUGCAAAGGGUGAAUCACCCCUAGAUGUAGCAGUGCAGCAGAAAAAUCCAGGCUUGGUGAGAAAGAUCCGUGAAUUGCGACUAGAAAGAGGCUUAGAUAUGCCACAUUGCCUUAUCAAAUAUACAUCGAAUAAGGCAGUCCGAAGAAAGAUGAUGUUCAUAUUCCCAUUCGUAUUACUGUUUGGAGUAGGGUACAUACCAGAAUGUUCCUUGCCUAUAGAAAUCAAAUUACUGUUUGCAGGGAUACUGUUCCUGUACUGGAGGACGUGCAGCUAUUUUUUCUUUGAUGAUCGUCUGUGGAUUAUAAUGCCUGUAGCUUGGUAUUUAGCGACAAAACUGUGGAUGUAUACGACCUGGAUCCUUUAUCUUCAUCCUUAUGUAGAAGCAACUGUACUACAAGAAGUAAUAUUCUGGCUUGUUACUGCCUUACUGACUUACAAUUUCUACAAGGCCUGGAAGACAGACCCUGGUUUCAUCAAGGCUGAUAGAACUGAGAAAAUAAAGGGCAUUCUAGAGUUGGCAGAGACACAGUCAUUACAUCUACACCAGUUUUGUACAACUUGUUUAAUUCGCCGACCCCUCAGGUCGAAACAUUGUUCCGUUUGUAAUAAGUGUGUGGCAAAGUUUGAUCAUCACUGUCCUUGGGUAGAGAAUUGUGUAGGUGCAAAUACUCACAAGUACUUUGUGUUGUAUCUAUUCUUUCUACAUAUCUUGGUUUGCUGGUGUAUCUACGGCUGUAUUUGUUAUUGGCAAGCUAAGUGUGAAGCGAUGAGUUUCUAUGACGAUGGUGUUACAGGAGUUCUGUGGAAACUUGUGAAGCCCUCACCAUGGGUGUUCUGGAUCGGGCUUAACUCAUUUCUACACUUCAUGUGGGUAGGGGCUCUUCUGCUAAGCCAACUUUACCAGGUAAUGUGGCUGGGUAUGACGACAAAUGAGCGACUGAACCAGGCGCGAUACUUCUACCUAGAUGAAAUGAGUAAACGUCGUAAGGCUGAGGGCAAUGCACCGCAAGGAGAGCACCAUGGUCACUCGCAUGGUAUAGGGGAUAAACAAUGCUUCAAGGAUCAUACCAAACAUAAAUAUGAUAAUCCUUUCCAUCGUGGAGUCUGCAAGAACCUUGUAGAUCUGUUAGGUUGGAGAUUUUGUGGAUUUCUCCGCCCAAGUAAGAUGGACUGGUACACCAUGUUUGAUCUCCCAGGGCGGGAAACCAGCAAUCCCAGAAUGCCACUGAAUGUGCCACGUGAUAAUUACCAAUUUGUGUGAAUCACUUCUGAACAAAUCCAUCCAUCAAUUUGGACUUUUUCUACAGAUUUUUACAUCUGAAUUUCAAUGUAUUUUAUAUAUUAUUCUUUAUUUUAUUUCUUUUUUAUCUGUGAUUUUCUUUCUUGCACUGUUAGCAUUAGAUUCAUCACAUUGCUUUAACAAACUGUGUGACAUUGACUUAUUAAUUGAAUGUAUAUUGUAGUUUAAUUGGUAUUCAAGACAAUAUAGUUUAUUUGAUAUUCAUGGAUAUAGUUAAUUUCUUAAUCAAGGUAGCUGAUGCCCAGGUAACAUGAUGCUUAAAGCAGCUAAACAGUUUUCAUUAAGUGGAAAUCAUUCUAUCUCUUUGGCAGAGAUUUCCUGGGUUUCAUCAAAAUGGCUAUAUGAUACCAGAAAAUAUGUUUUUCUUGUAAAGAGAACAUUUGUGAAAUCAAAAUUGUAGCCAAAGAGCUUACAAGGAUGUAAAGGGUUGAAAGUGAAACAGCUCUGAGUGGUUCUUUAUCCAUUUUUGACAACUCUUAACCUAGGAUAUAAAAUUAUGUACCUUAUAACUAAAUAGAAUAACAAGUUAUUCAGGACAUGUGUGUGCGCAGGGAUUGGCUUUAUUGCCAAUACUGUAUAUGAUGUAUUAUUUGUUUUUUCUUUUAAAUAGGUAUUUAUGUUAAAGAAUAUGUUAUGAAAAACAUUUGUUCUUGUGAGUAAUCACUUUCUUUUUGGGGCCAUUAUUAGAAGAUUUUUCAUGUAAAUUAUCAUAGUCUUAACGUAAUAAUGUACAUUAACUUAUACCUACAGAUUCUAUCGAAUUGGUUUAAUUCGUAUACAUACAUAUUAUAAGGAAUUGUACAAAUGACUAGCUUACAUUCAGAGUCAGCAUGUCUUGGUUUUAUAUUUUAACGGAGGUGAAACCUGACAAUACAGAUAGGGUAAUUUGCACAUAAUUUCCAUUUCAUGAAUAAGUAUUGUAUUAUUUGUAUUCACAUGCAUUUGUACAUGGAUACUCUUAUGAAAAGAAUGCUGCUUGUAUUCAAGACUUGUUACAAUGCAUUUCAAUGUUGUUGUGUUCUUAAGAACAGAAGUAAAGAUAAUAACAAUGAAGUUAUUACCCUGUCUAUGGGUCAUUGACUGGUAAAUGUACAAAUGUUAUAGCUCUCGAGUAAAAUUUACUUACUGCAUGAGAAUCUGUUAAAAUAUUUACAGUACUAGAUCUAUAUUACCAUGAAAUAAAAUAUGACAAAAAUUUGAUUUGGAACUAGCAAAUAAAGCACAUAUGCAAUGCA